AUGGCCUCCCUAGAAAAAUGCCCUCGGCUGUCUUUUCAGCAAGCCAUGGAACUUACGAGGCUCCCAAACCGAGAGUCUGGUACCGGGAGCGUCAUGCUUCGCUUCAUGAAUCGUCAACCACCCUGGGCGACAGGUGAUGCGAUACCAUGGGAGGCCAGUGGCAUCCCUCGGCCACCUGGCACCAAAGUUGCCUUUGGGGGAGUGGUUUAUGCACAAGCUCCUCUUGCAGCAGCUCGUGCAAUUGAAUCAAGAGCCGAUUCCAAUUCAGACAAAGAUCGUGCAUUUGGGAUACAUUCCAUCCAUGCUGUCUUUACAAGCCCCGGACUUGUCGACCGCCCCUUCGUCUUUGAGGUGUCUGAAACCCAACACGGACGGUCAUUCGCGACUCUUCUUGUUAAUGUCCGACAGCCCGCUGAGCCCUCUGCUGAGCCGGCUGGCCCAUUCUCCGUCAAGGACAGUCAAAAGCCCCUUUCUGCCCCAUGCUUAACCAGCAUUGUCACUUUUCGUCGACCCUCGUCAACAACAGAAGUAGCCCAGGGUAUCCCGCCAAGCGAACGCUACCAUGCCAUCCUCACCUCAAAACUUCCUACAGAAUGGGAGCCGUGCCCACAAAUUGACAUAGACGUCUUCAGUCGAGCAUUCUCUGACGUUGGGCAUGGGACAUUUCCAAUCUUGGAUAUGCACAAGGUGGAUAUGACGCAGUACAACUCCACCAGGGGAAGUGGCGAGCAGAAACAACUAAUCCUAUAUCGGCCUCUUUCUCCUUUACCGGAAGAUGACAUUGAUGCUCAUGUUGUCUGCCAUGCUUUUGCAGCUGAUCGAAACGGACUUAUAAUGUUUGGUAAUCAACUUGGCUACGGAUAUGGCCUUGGGCGAGCAGCAACCUUGAGCUACUCGUUUUACGUCCAUGUGAACGCUGCAGAUGCCAUGUUUCGUGGACAUGGAUGGUGGAUAUUGGAGCAUUCCUGGCCACGGUACGAAGCAGGGAGGGCAGCUAUGUCUACACUCAUCUGGAGCCCUGAAGGCAAGCAUGUGGCAACAGCAUACCAGGACGGAAUUCUGUACCCGGCACUCCCGUCUGCGGAUGCCAAACUGUAA